GCCAAACGCGCUAUUUUCCACUCUUUCAAUUCCUUUUUUUUUUAAUUUUAUCUGCUUUAUAUAAUAAAUCAUGCCCAAGCGUGUUAGAGAUUCAGAAUCUGAAGAAGAAGAAGAAGAAGAUCAAGACUUCAAGCCAACAAACACAAAAGAAGAAGAAAGUGACGAAGAAGAAGAUUAUGAAUCCACAGAAGAGGAACCUAAAAAGCAAUCAAGUGUGAAAAAGACCAAGACAGAAGAAGUCAGUGAAGGGGAACGAAAUGAAAAUGGUGAAGAAUAUUUUAUUCUCUCUGGAAAACGUCGGAUUACUAUUCGUUCUUUUCAAGGCAAAAAAUGUGUGGAUCUACGUGAAUAUUAUCAAGCAAAAGAUGGAGAACAAAAACCAUCUUCUAAAGGGUUACUUUUACCUCUGGAACAAUUCAAGCGUUUUGUUGAACUUAUUCCUCAAAUUGACUCGGCUAUUGAGAGACUUUAGCGGUGUUGGAAUUUUGGUUGACUCAUUUCCUGGUCAUAGUGAUUAUUAUUUGUUAAAAAACCAAAAAUAAAUAAAUAUACUUUUUUUUUU